CCAACAAAUACCCUUUUAAACAGUACCCUUUUGUUUGGUUGUAGUAGGAUCUUUGCUUCUCCUCCAUUUUAACACAAGCCACAGGAGAAUCUCUAUCUAUAUCCUGCAACCUUCAUCCCCACAUUGUUCUUCCUCCAUUUCCGGCGAAACCCAGUUCAGGGUUUGUUUUCCGGCCACUCUCCUGUUGUUCUUUUCAUUAGGGGCAAAUAAUGGCUCAGAUUUUAGCUCCAUCCACUCAAUGGCAACUGAGAACUAAACAUACUUCAAUGAGUUCUAACCCCAUUACCUCUAAGAUGUGGAGUUCCAUACUUCUGAAGCAGAACAAGAAAGGAGCAGUAAAAAGCUCUGCAAAAUUCAGAGUCUUGUCUGUCAAAUCUGAAGGUGGCACUAUCAACAGGAUGGAAGAUCUGCUAAAUCUGGAUGUCACACCGUAUUCCGACAAGAUUAUUGCUGAAUAUAUCUGGAUUGGAGGAUCUGGCAUUGAUUUGCGUAGUAAGUCAAGGACUAUAUCAAAGCCUGUUGAACAUCCAUCUGAGCUACCCAAGUGGAACUAUGAUGGAUCUAGUACUGGGCAAGCACCUGGAGAAGACAGUGAAGUUAUUCUAUAUCCUCAAGCAAUUUUCAAGGAUCCCUUCCGUGGUGGCAACAACAUUUUGGUGAUUUGUGAUGCAUACACACCAGCAGGCGUGCCCAUCCCUACAAACAAACGACACAGAGCUGCCGAGAUUUUCAGCAAUAAGAAAGUUGUGGAUGAAAUUCCUUGGUAUGGUAUAGAGCAAGAGUACACCCUACUUCAGACAAAUGUGAAGUGGCCUUUAGGUUGGCCAGUUGGAGCUUAUCCAGGUCCUCAGGGCCCUUAUUACUGUGGUGUUGGAGCUGAUAAGUCGUUCGGUCGAGACAUAUCAGAUGCCCACUACAAGGCUUGUUUAUAUGCUGGAAUCAAUAUUAGUGGCACCAACGGAGAAGUUAUGCCUGGCCAGUGGGAGUAUCAAGUUGGUCCUAGUGUUGGGAUCGAAGCUGGAGAUCAUAUUUGGUGUUCUAGAUACAUUCUUGAGAGGAUCACUGAGCAAGCUGGGGUAGUUCUCUCACUUGAUCCAAAACCAAUUGAGGGUGACUGGAAUGGAGCUGGAUGCCACACCAAUUACAGUACAAAGAGCAUGAGAGAGGAAGGAGGCUUUGAAGUUAUAAAGAAGGCAAUUCUGAAUCUGUCUCUUCGCCAUAAGGAGCAUAUCAGUGCUUAUGGAGAAGGAAAUGAGAGAAGGUUGACAGGAAAGCACGAAACAGCAAGUAUCAACACCUUUUCCUGGGGAGUGGCUAACCGUGGCUGUUCAAUCCGUGUGGGACGUGACACCGAGAAGCAAGGCAAAGGUUAUUUGGAAGACCGACGUCCUGCUUCAAACAUGGACCCAUAUGUUGUGACCUCACUACUAGCAGAAACAACCAUACUGUGGGAGCCAACACUUGAAGCCGAAGCACUGGCUGCUCAGAAACUGUCAUUGAAGGUCUAAAGCCAAUGAGUCAUUUGGUUUUGAGGGCAAAGUUCUAAGUUGAUUAGCAUAAUUUACCAAAACCUGGCAAAGAAUUUCCCUCAUUCUGUUAGAUAAUGCAGAGAAGACCUUUUGUAAAUAAAGGUCUUGAAGUCUUCCAGUCAGCUUUUCAGAACAAUCAUACAUCCAAAAAAAUAAUCUUUUGAAGCAACAAAAAAAACCUUCAUCUGUGUACUUUGCAGAUAGUGUUUGACUUGUUUCUGAUUGAAAUUUAUGUGAUGUCAGAUGUUCAUUUUAUUUGAAUGUUUAUUCAAUUGGAUUCAUACAGUGCCCCCUUCAUCCAGUUACCAUCUGGUUAUGAAUUUAUGCAUACAUUUUUCUUCU